AUUGAUCUGACUGAUUAACUAAAGAUGGACCUGAAGAAAUAGGUUGCUUUUAUGCACCUCAUUGCCUCUAUAUAAUUUAUCAAAAUAUUUUUAAUCUCAAUCAUCUUUACAUUGUGACUACAAGUGUUUUUUGAAGCGCGUAAUGUUCAAGCUCGCAAUUUGAGUUGGCAUUAAAGUUCAUGUGUUAUAUUCGACGAUGAGUAAACAAGCAUCCACUUAUACUCUCCCUCCCAAAGAACUCUCAAUAUUCAAGAGAGUUGUUAAAUAUUAUGACCAAAAGCAGUACAAAAAUGGAUUAAAGUAUGCUAAACAAAUCCUAAGCAAUCCUAAAUUUAGCGAACAUGGAGAAACUUUGGCGAUGAAGGGUAUUUUGUUAAAUUGUCUUGGUAAAAAAGAUGAAGCAAGGGAAUAUGUAAAGCGUGGUUUAAAGGCCAACAUCACCAGCUUUGUUUGUUGGCAUAUCUAUGGUCUUAUUCAUAAAUCUGACCAUAAGUACGAAGAAGCGAUAAAGUGCUACUUGCAAGCUUUAAAGUUAGAUAAUGAAAAUUUACAAGUGCUAAGGGAUCUUUCCGUCUUACAAAUGCAGUUAAGGGAUUAUGAAGGAUGCAGGGAUAUACGUUACAAGUUGCUUUUACUGCGACCUAGCCAAAAAGCAUCAUGGAUUGGCUAUGCUUUAAUUCACCAUUUGCUGGGAAACUAUGAAACUGCUCUUACAGUCAUCAAUGAAUUCAAAAAGGGUCAAAGCGAAAUACCUCAGUUCGAUUACGAACACAGUGAGCUACUACUCUACCAAGCAAUGAUCAUGCUUGAAGCUGGAAAAGAAAAUGCUGCCUUAGAACAUCUAAAUCAAUAUAGCAACGAAAUAGUUGACAAAAUAUCUUUGUUGGAAAUGAAGGCUCAACUUCACUUGAAACUUGGACAGUAUGAGGAAGCAGUGGAGUGUUCGUGGAGCUUGAUUGAUCGAAAUCAGGAAAAUCGUUUAUAUCUUGAACUUUUGGCACAGGCGAAUACAGCUUUAGUCAGUGGUACAACAGAUGCGAAUACCGAAACAACAAAGAAAACUUAUGAGUCGGUUAUUGCCCGUUACCCUCAAUCCCGUUUAUCUAGACGGUUGAUUUUGAAUUAUUGUUCAGGUGAGGAGUUUCUCCAGCGUUUGGAUGCUUACCUAAAGCCGUACAUCAGAAAAGGUGUUCCUCCACUUUUUAUACAACUCGUGGGGCUCUUAAAUGACUCUGAGAAGCUCACAGCUUUUGAAAGUCUUUUAACUAGAUAUCGUAACAGUAUGAGUGUCAUCAGAUCCCUUGAUGCACAGGAAAGUAAUGAAAAAGAAGCCCCCACGACAGAUGUUUGGCUUAACUAUUUAUUAGCUCAGUAUUAUAACUUCAAAAGAAAAUACCAGGAAGCCAUUGAGACCAUAGAUUCACAGUUGCUCUCAACACCUACGUUAGUUGACUUUUAUGUCCUAAAAGCCGAUGUCUUUCAUGAUGCAGGGGACUAUAUAACAGCCAGUCGGUGGAUGGAAGAAGCCCAAUCUUUAGAUACAGCUGAUCGUUUUAUUAAUGCUCGCUGCACAAAAUUCAUGGUGGAAGCCCAUCGCCUUGAAGAUGCUACUAAUAUGGCUUCUAAAUUUACAAGGGGAAACACAUCGCCAAAGGAAUACUUGUCUGAGAUGCAGUGCAUGUGGUUUCUGUUAGAUAAUGCCAGGGCACUCAAAGAAAUGGGCAGAUUUGGUGAUGCCCUUAAGUUGUGUCACGAAGUGCAGCAACACUACAGAAAUAUUCUUGAUGAUCAGUUAGACUUCCAUUCCUACUGUCUACGGAAGGUUACGCUACGAUCAUAUGUUGAGACACUGCGAUUAGAAGAUCGUUUACGGGAUCAUCAGUCUUAUUUUGAUACCGCUCAACUUGCAGUUGAAAUUUACUUGCAGCUCUAUUCUCAACCAUUGGACAGUGUUGAUGAAUCUCCUCACGGCGAAAAUGAUGGUAUGUCUUCAUCUGAAGCUAAAAAGCUACGAAACAAACAACGGAAAGCUGCUAAGCGUGCGGAAGCGGAAGCUGCUCGGGCUCGAGCUGAACAGGAACGUAGAGAACAAGCAGCUCGUUCAAGGCAGCCUGCAUCCGAAGAAGCAAAUGCAGAUAACCCAUCCAUAGGAGAGAACGACCUAGAUGCUAAUUUAUUGGCCAGACCUGAGGAUCCCCUUGAAGAGGCAUCCAAAUUUCUUCUCCCUUUGUUGGAUUUGUCUCCUAAAAUUAUUGAGGCUUAUUGUUUGGCCUUUGAAGUUUAUGAAAGAAAACGAAAAUUUCUCCUCAUGCUCAAAUGGAUUUCUCGUGGUGUGCAAAUUACAAAUUCACGUGACAAUCCUUGGUUUCAUGAGUGCUGUGUGAGAUUUCUUCUCCAGCUACACAGUCGUGGAAAAUCAGAUGAUGUAGUUGGUAAAGUUCUUACAUCCGAAGUCCCUAAGUUAUUCAGCGAGUGGCCAGAGAAUAUUUCAUUUGUUCAAGAAUAUAAUAAAAGAUUUAAUCACCGUAAUCAGGACACAUAUCCUCAUGUAUUCAGAUAUACGUUGUGUCAAUGUCUGAUUGACCCACAACAUAGAGAUAAUUAUCUUAGUAAGAUUCCAUUACCAAAUGAUAACUUUAAAGGUGUUACAUGGCAAGAAUGCCGCACGUGUUUAGAUAUUUUGCGGAGAGGUCAGUGGACUUUACUGGGGCGUUGUGACCCAUCUGUCAUAGAAAAGUAUCGCUCUGCUUGCAAUGAAUAUUUUCCAAUGGCAAAUGCAUUUCUAACAACCUCACAAAUAGAUAUAUUACGUCAGAAUAUGAUUGAAGCAGCUAAUUCAUCAGCUAUAUCUGGUGUGUUCCUUACACCAAAUGACAAGGACCAACUAUCGGAACUCAACACGGAUCAUGAAAGUAAAUUAUCAAAUGAAUUUUCUAGACUAACUACUGAACCUUUGGUUAAUGGUGAUCUAAAGGAUUCGACUAGUUGGAUUCCUCAAUCAUGUAAGCAAGUUACAGUAACAAAUAAGGCAACUGAUAUCGUUGUUUAAUUCUUGAAGAACCUACCGAAAUCUUUGCCUAUCCAUUUUUUUCGCUAAAAUUUUGUGUAUGUAUUCAGAAGUUUGUGGAUACUGACUCAUUUGUAUUUUCCAUUGUCCAAUAGUAAAUGUACACUGUUGUAGAAUAAGUUUGAAAUCCUUUUUUCCAUGUGAAUAUUUUUUGCAUGGAAACUUAUUUAAAUACUUUGGUUCAGUAAUGUUACAUAUGAUUAUUGUAUCACAUGUGCAUAAAACUACUUCGUGAAAUGCUUUUGUAAUUUCAAAAAUUGUGUACAACAAACUUAACCUAUUGUAUAUGCGCAGAUUGCGUACUUCCAAAUCUGUUCCAGACCCUAUUUGCCAAAUGACUUGUUGAUAAUUGUGAUCAUUAUCAUCAUAUUUACACUGAGUGAAGUUGGUAUGAUCGUUUAUUUUAACAAUAAAAUCUUUAGCUUUCUGAU